GGUUGCAACCCCCGCGGCCUCGUGGUGUUGAAGAAAUUCGUUCCCUUCAUUUGAAAAUGGGCCUUGUACAAGGCCCAAUCUCUUAACCAUUAACGGCAAUCUGAUGACGUCAUUUGCAUUUUGAGCGCCUGUCACGUAUUUAAUUCAAGUACCACUUGAUUUACCAAUAAGCUGGCGUUGUCGGCGCACGGAGCUGGAGUAUACCCGUGGAGUAUACCACGCUCGUUGCGGGACAGCUCGUACACGGAGGAGGUGGCCGAGGACUCGGAGGGCGUCGCCGGCGCAGCCGCCGCGUGAAACGAGCUCACAGCGCUCCGAGCUGUCAAAACUCCGAGCUGGAGGAGGCCCCUGCAGAGAAGCCGCUGCCGAAGGUACCGGCCGCUGCUGAUGACCCGAGCAGGCGUCCCCGACGACGAGCAGGACGAACGGCAGGUGGCGCCGCUGGAGGAGCACCACGUCAACGAGUCCUUCAUGCGGUACGGUACGCUGCCCAAAGGCGCGCACAUCGGCGCCUUCCUGGACUCGCUGCGGGAGAGCGGUUUGCGCGGCAGUGCGGAGGGUGGCGAGGCGGCCGCGGGAGCGGCAGGCGAGGCCCGCGCGCUGCGCAGUCACACGGAAGCAGAGGGCGUGCGGCCGCCGGCCUCCGCCGCCGCCGCCAAGAAGCCCUCAGCCAUGGUGCGGUCCAACUCGUCCAACAGUGAGUUUCAGAGACCGCGGCUGUCGCGGCUCAGUCCGCUAGUGUUUGCCGGUGCGGCGGGGACGGGGCCGGCGCGGAGUCGGCGACCGACCGGCGCCGGCCGUCGUCGCGCCAGAAACAAACCUGCCGAGCUGGGGUUUCCCCCGCCGCCGAUGGAACUGCUGCCUCCUGACGACAUCGAGGCCGACUUUAUCGUCGACCCGACGUUCCCGCCGACGCCGCCGGGCCUGAGGGACCAGUUGUCGAGCGGCGUUCCCAUGAUACCGCCGGCCACCCGGUGCCCAGCCCGCGCACGCACCGCCGCGCCGAGUACUCGAACCUCUCCGAGCGCGCCAAGCGCAGCGACGACCUGGUGACGCGACUAAGGACCGGGCAGCGCUCGCGGCCGCAGCCGCCGGCGUCCCUGACCCCGUCCAUCAGCGCUCAGCUGGUCUCGGAGAUUCAGCAGAAACAGCGCGAGAACCGUGCCGAGGGCGAGCCGCCCGCAGCGGCGGUGGCCGACUCGCAGCGCUCCGAGUGGGCCCGCUCCGAGGCCAAGCUGCAGUCGUUUCGACCGCCGCGGAGCCGCGUCCGCAAGUCGACCGAGGGCUCGCAGACGGACGAGGCCGUCACCAGCUUCAAGUCAGCGCUUCGAAAAACGACAGGUCGACGGGACAGGCUCGAGCAGGCUGGCUCGGCCGUCGCCGCAGCCUCUACCGCCGCUGCUUCACAUCUGCCAAGCGCGGGACUCUCAAACCGCCGCCGCACCCGACCAGCGCGCCGCCGAUCGGCUGCAGCCGCUCGGCCGGCGCCGGCAGCUCGGCGGAGGCCGUGCGCGACCUGGCCGCGGCCGUGGAGCGCAGCCAGGGCGCGCUGGAGACAUCGUCCGCCUCCACCGUGGCGUGCAUGCAGCUGUCGGACAAGCUGGGCCUGCUGCUGACGGCGUGCGGCGCGCACGCUGGCCAGGUGCCGCCCACCGGCUGGCUCCGGUUCCGCGCCCUGCAGCGGCGCCUGGAGACGCACGCCGGCACCCUGCGCUCGGCCGGCGGGCGCGCAACAGCAGCGACGCCCAGCGGCUCUUAUCCAAACUAGCCAACACAGUGCGCGACAUGUUCAAUGUGGUGCAGCGAUGAGAGACCGGCGACUGCGCCGCCACGAGCUGCCCGCGCCGUUUGUUUUUGUGAUAUCUAAUAUCCAUUUUAUUGCGUUGACGGUGGCUCUUCUACGAUUUAGUGGAACCAGUGUGUGCGCGCCGCCUGCGGCCACCCGGGUGUGACAUUCCUUCCCGUCUCUGUCUCGUUUCUUAUAUACAGCAAUCAAAUGAGUUUUCAUGCGUACCCUGUGUUUUGCGGAUGCGCAAAACACAGGGCGUAACAGGCCGCCGCCACAGCCUGUUACGCCUUAACUCAUAUGCUACACAGUCAUCGUGAUCUCAUGAUACCCACAACCUACAUACCAACUGUUCUAACGAUGUGUACGAAUGAUCGUGUGCCUGUAUUUUACCCAUGCCUACUUGUUUUUAUGCUAAUUGACAUGCGUUGAUCAAAAGCCGCGAAGGCGGAUUAACGUGAAUAAAUGAACUUGAACUUG